AUGGGAAAGGACGUCGAGUCCUGUCCCUGCCCGGCCUCUUGCGGUUUCGCCAUUUCAGGGAGAGAUCCACAUCCUCUCUGCAUCACCUGUAUGGGAGUGCAGCAUGCCCAGGCUUCACUCGCGGACUCCGAGUGCUGCCAGCAUUGCAGCACUAUGCCGACCAGGAUCCUGGAGAGGCGCCUCAGGGUCUCGGCCAGUUCAAAGGCCGACCCCAGCCUCUCCGAAAGCGCCGCCAAGCCGAAGCGGGCUAUUGCUAACUUAGACUGGGCUAACCCCCCGGUUGAGGACUUCCCUCCGCUGUUCGACCAGCUCCUCGACUCGGAGGACGAACACGGAGGGGGGCACGAAGAGGAGGACGAUAACCUGGACCUCCUUAACGACGACAACGAGGAGGAUGACGAGGACGCAAUCCUCCCGCCGACUCCGGCAUCCCGACCCAGCAGCUCCGUUAGCGGAGGAAUCCAACCCCCCUCUUCACCCUCGGAGGUCGACCUGCAUGAGGAUGACAAGGGCGGGGAGAGGGAUUUAUACGACGGCAAAAUUCUGCCGUCUCGCCCGGUGUCGAAGAAGCAGGUCAUGCCCGUCAUCCCAGCGUGCAUGAAGGAGUUGAAGCGGUUUUGGGAUAAACCGUUUCGCCACAGAGUCCCCGUCAAGGGUUACUCCGGCCUGGAAGUGGCUAACAGCGGGGAGUGGGGCUUCGGAGAUCCCCCGGUAGUGGAGCAGGCGGUGGCUUCUCACCUCCACCCCAGCCACCGGUCCGCGCUCACCGCGGCGGGCCCCACCCUCCCCGGGAAAAUGGAGCGCUUCUCCGCCUCCAUGUUUCAAAAGAUGUACAAAUCAGCAGCCCAAUCAGUGAACAACUUAAAUGUUGUCACCCUGCUGACAGCCUACCAGGCUGAACUUUUCCAGGAGAUGGGGGUCCUCCUGGAUAAAGGCUCCCCAAGUCCCAAAAUAUGGGAGGAGAUGUGUGUGGUCACGGACCUCAUCCUCCGUGUCUCCAGGGGUGCGGUCCAGGGCUGCGGCCGUGUUAUGGGGCUCGCAGUGGCAGGAGAGAGAGCGCUCUGGCUGAAUCUCUCCAGCCUGUCGGACCAGGAAAAACAGGUCAUUAUUGAUGCUCCCUUCGACCCGUCAAGGGCUAAGGGCUUGUUUGGCGAGGCUGUCACGGCCAUGCAGCAGACCAGUGACCUGAGGAAGAAGCAGGGAGAAGCCUUUGAUCUCUGCCUUCCUCGCAAGGUUGCCUCUCGCCCCACCCCACCACCCUGCCAGGGAUUCGCGGCUGCGGCGAGAGCACACAGCAGCGGCUAUAAGGAACCCCGACCGCGCACGUCUGAGCAGCCAGCGUCUCACCAGCGCGACGCUCAGCAGCAGAAACACUGGCCCAGGAAGUCCUUUGCCGCUGCAGCUGCCGCUCCAGGCACCGAGGGCGCAGCUGCUCCAUUGUUGAGCUUCAGGCCACCGGGCCCUCUGGCUGUCAAAGCAGAGGAGUGGCGCGCAUGCGCAGUGAACCCGUGGGUGUUUACAACAGUUGCCAGGGGUUACAGGCUGCAGUUCGCUGUGAGGCCGCCCCGCUUCAACGGUGUGCUGACGUCAGAAGCUGCAGGGGAAGCCGCGGAGGCUUUAGAGAGCGAAAUAUCUUCUCUAUUAAGCCGCGGGGCAAUUCGCCUUGUACCGGAGGGAGAGAGAAAUCAGGGGUUUUAUUCCCGGUAUUUCCUCAUUCCAAAGAAAGGAGGUUCAUUGCGUCCGAUCCUGGAUCUACGGUUCCUCAAUCUACACCUCCGAAAGUACAAAUUCAAAAUGCUCACGCACAAGGUUCUGUUUCGAUCCAUUCGUCCAGGCGACUGGUUCACUUCAGUGGAUCUGCAGGACGCUUAUUUUCAUAUAAGCAUAUAUCCCGCACACAGGAAAUAUCUCAGGUUUGCGUUCAAGGGAACAGCUUACGAGUAUCAGACCCUGCCUUUUGGGCUGUCACUCGCCCCGAGAGUUUUCAGCAAGUGUGUGGAAGCAGCCCUGAACCCUAUGCGAGCAUCGGGCCUCAGAGUGUUCGCGUAUCUGGACGAUUUUCUCCUCUGUGCAUCCAGCAAAGGGAAAUCGGAGAGGGAUACGCGGAAGCUGAUGGACAGGCUGUACAGCUUGGGGUUCAAUAUAAACCCCGUAAAGAGCUGUUUGUCUCCCACUCAGAGGAUCGAGUAUUUGGGCCUCGAAAUAGACUCUGUUUCAUUUCGGGGUUUUCUGUCCCAUGCUCGAGUGGAGAAAUUUCGCCAACAACUGGCUUUAUUUCGGAGAGGACGUUCAGUGUCGUUGCGGGACUGUCUCCAGCUGUCAGGGCUGAUGGCGUCAUCAAUAUCUGUCAUUCCGCACGGGCUGCUGAAAAUGAAGGAUUUUCAGCGCUGGAUAUCUUCCCUGCGUCUGGACGCACGACGUCACCUUAGGCGUAUGGUGAGGGUUUCCCCGGAAUGCCUCCUGGCUCUCCGUCACUGGAGGGACCCGGAGAUAUUCUUAACCGGCGUCCCAUUGGGAGCGGUUGUGAUGAGGAAGACAGUUACAACCGAUGCCUCGUUAACGGGGUGGGGAGCGGUUUUCGGGGGGAGGUCAGUGAACGGGACCUGGCCCCCGACGCUCCGUCAGGCUCAUAUAAACUAUUUGGAGCUGUUGGCUGUGUUCCUAGCCCUCAGACAUUUUCUGCCCCUCCUGGGAAAGUGUCAUGUGCUGGUCAGAGCGGACAACACGACAGCAGUGGCCUACAUAAACAGGGAAGGAGGCACUCGCUCCGUAAAAUUACACAGACUGGCUCAGAGUCUGUUAUUAUGGAGCAGCGAACACCUGUUAUCGCUGCGCGCAGCGCAUCUUCCGAGUGCACUGAACAGCGGGGCAGAUUUACUCUCCAGGGGAAAUCCCUUGUACGGAGAGUGGAGACUGAACCCCGAGGUGCUUCUCCGGGUGUGGGAGAGAUUCGGCCGAGCGUCUGUAGAUCUCUUCGCAUCGCACGAAAACGCGCAGUGUCCCCUAUUCUUCUCAUUUCGAGACAGGGACGCGCCGCUGGGGGCGGACGCGUUUGCGCACCCGUGGCCAAACGCGCUGCUGUAUGCUUUUCCCCCUCUCUAUCUCAUCACUCCUACGCUGGUCAGAGUGAAGGAGCAGCAGCUUUCAUUAAUCCUGAUAGCUCCUUACUGGCCCAGCAGGCCGUGGAUGGCGGAGCUGAUACAGCUCGUACACGGCCAGCCAUGGCCGUUACCGUUACGCACGGACUUGGUGUCGCAAGCGUGCGGGCAGAUUUUUCAUCCGAACCCCGAACGUCUGGCUCUCUGGGCUUGGUUCGUGAGAGGGUGA